ACAUCGUUUUUAGCGCGUGUGAUCCCAUCCUUAUUUUUCGUGAUUCGGUUUUCUCCACCGGGAAAUUAAUCCGAGACACUUUCGCAACCGCAGAAAAUAUCACGUAUGUUGCAAUCAUAAAUAAGCUGUUGCAUUAGGUUGUUGUUUUCUUCAUGGCUUGAUUGAAAGAGACAUGUAUGAAGAACGGGAGGUGUGUCGACUCGUGCCAACCAAUCCGCAUUGAAUAUACUCGCGCCAUGCAGUGUUGGUUGGCCUUGGGGAAGGAAGGGGGACCAUCGAGCGUGUGUUCUGUUACCCCACAGCCUCCCGCGAACAACCUUAUAUAAGGCUGAGCAGCAUACACUCUCCGGCAGUCACUUCACUAUUAGUUGCGGAAUCCACUGACAUCGACAUUCGUUGAUUUUGUUUAGAAGCUUUUAUUAAAAAUAAACCAAGAAUUAUGGCACCAGAAAGAAGUCAAGAAACGGUUACCCUGACCAACGGUAGUCUCAACAGCAACGGCCAUUAUGUUGAACCGUUGAUGAAACACCCUCUUCCCGAUAUCGACCGACCGUAUACUUAUGAGGUCAUCGAACAAAGUUCCCGCUUUCUUCUGGAACGAACGAAACAUCGCCCACGAAUUGGAAUCAUUUGUGGAUCCGGACUUGGUGGUUUGGCUGAAUUGCUAAAGGAAAAAGAUGUUUUCCCCUACGAGGAGAUUCCAAACUUCCCCGCAUCGACUGUUCCUGGACACGCUGGACGUAUGGUGAUUGGAUUAUUGGAAGAUGUACCAGUUAUUUGUAUGCAAGGGAGAUUUCACUGCUACGAAGGAUAUGCACUGUGGAAGUGCGCAAUGCCAGUAAGAGUGAUGAAACUUACGGGUGUGACGCACAUCAUCGUGACAAAUGCUGCUGGUGGACUCAAUCCAGCAUAUAACGUUGGCGAUAUCAUGCUACUCAAGGAUCACAUCAACAUGCAGGGGUUCGCUGGGGACAGUCCUCUAAAAGGACGUAAUGACGAAAGAUUUGGACCUCGUUUCCCGGCCAUGAACAAUUCUUAUGACCAGCGACUACGUCAGUUGGCCAAACAAGUAGCCAAAGAUAUUGGAAUCGACCAGUACAUUCGCGAAGGAGUCUACGUGAUGCUUGGCGGACCGGCUUACGAAACUGUAGCUGAACUGAGACUUUUGCGCAUGUUGGGCGUCGAUGCAGUUGGAAUGAGCACCGUUCCCGAGGUGAUGGUGGCGAGGCAUUGCGGAAUGACCGUCUUCGCUUUCAGUCUCAUCACCAACGAGUGCAUCACCGAUUACGACGCUCAAGGCGAAGCCAAUCACGAGGAGGUCAUUGAAACGGCCAACAAACGCCAGAACGAUCUGAAUCUCUUUGUAACACGUGUAGUCUCGUCCAUGGCAAGCGAAAUGACCUCAGCCAAUGGUAAGAACGGAUCGGUGGACGAAAAUUGAUAUUUCCGACAUUCAAGUCGGACAUUCGGUCGGGGGGGUAAGCAAUUGUCGUAGGAGAUUCAAUAUUAUUAUAUGUAUACAGUACUACAACCUUACUGUGCAAUGUAAAAUUUAUUUUCUGACGUCAAGCGAUCGUUAGUGCAGCAAUGACGCAUUUUGUCUUCUCCCUUUUCAAUAACAUUAUUCAUAUUCAGAUAGCGAUAGCUGAUAAUCGUUUAUCUUCAUGUCCAGCAAUUUUGAUCCCAAUAUGAAUUACGUACAUUCUAGCCACCUAUACAUCUGUGCAAAUUUAAUAACUAUAAACGAUUUUGAAAGUUGAUUCGAAUGCUGUAAAUUUGUCGGCGAAAACUUCCGAUGAUUUACUGUUGAUAAAAAAUCAAAAAAAUUAAAAUAAAAUUCCUGUCUCAUAAAUUCCCACAACUUUUGUCUUUUCAUCGUUUAGUUUCUUGCGACCAUGUAAAUGUUUUAAUAGACUGAAGCGAAUCAAGUUCAUUUAUUUGCACAAUAUAAUACAAUUUUGAGACAUUU